AGGACACACGGACCUGUUGAUGCUCAACAAGGAGCCACUCACGAUCCUCUGACUCCACAUUGCUUUAAACAAGGCCCAGAAAUUUAGGAAGUCUUCAUUUUUAUAUCUUAAAGUAAAAAAGAGAGAAAAACGUCUUUAUUGGUGAUUAAUUAUGGAGGAUCACCUGACGAAGAUCCCCAUGAUGCCUUCAGCUUCUCCAGCUGAAUCUUCAGGCAGCGGCGGGACGGAGGACAGCAGAGGAGCCAAGAGUCCAGCUCCAGGAAAAGCUCUGAGUCCGGCGCUGGUGUGCAAAGUGUGCGGCGACACCAGCAGCGGCAAACAUUACGGCAUCUACGCCUGCAACGGCUGCAGCGGCUUCUUCAAGCGCAGCGUGAGGAGGAGGCUCAUCUACAGGUGCCAGGCCGGUACUGGGAUGUGUCCCGUUGACAAAGCCCAUCGGAACCAGUGCCAGGCGUGUCGGCUAAAGAAGUGUCUGCAGGCGGGCAUGAAUAAGGAUGCCGUGCAGAACGAGCGGCAGCCUCGCAGCACCGCUCAGGUCCGUCUGGACUCCAUCGACGUCGACCCUGAGAAGGAGCACCUGGCCACCACACGGGAGCCCCCCUCCUCCUCUUUGUCCUCCUCUUCCUCCUCCUCCUCGGCCUCCAGCGGCUCUGUCAUCACGUGGCCCCACAUCACCUCCUCCAUGUCCAUCAGCUCCUCUGUGGCGCCGCCGCGCUGCAUCAGCCCCCAGAACAACCACCGCUUCAUGGCCAGCCUCAUGACGGCCGAGACCUGCGCCAAGCUGGAGCCCGAGGACGUUGAUGAAAAUAUUGACGUGACGAGCAACGAGCCGGAGAGGGCGUCCUCGGAGUACCACAUGGCUCUGUACCCGUCCAGCUCCGAAAACGUCUACGAGACCUCGGCCAGGCUGCUCUUCAUGUCGGUGAAAUGGGCCAAGAACCUGCCGGUUUUCUCCAACCUUCCUUUCAGAGACCAGGUGAUCCUGCUGGAGGAGGCGUGGAGCGAGCUGUUUCUGCUCUGCGCCAUCCAGUGGUCUCUCCCUCUGGAGAGCUGCCCGCUGCUCUCCCUACCUGACCUUUGCCCUGGCAUGCAGGGCAAAACCAGCUACACCACCCUGGACCUGCGCCUCCUGCAGGAGGCCUUCAGCCGCUUCAAGGCCCUCGCUGUCGACCCCACAGAGUUCGCCUGCCUCAAGGCCAUCGUGCUGUUCAAGCCAGAGACUCGAGGUUUAAAGGAUCCAGAACAGGUGGAGAACCUCCAGGACCAGUCCCAAGUCAUGUUGGGACAACACAUCCGCUCACAUUACCCGACCCAACCAGCCAGGUUCGGAAAGCUGCUUCUCCUCCUUCCCUCGCUGCGUUUCGUGAACUCGGAGCGGAUAGAGCUGCUGUUUUUCCACAGAACAAUCGGAAACACUCCCAUGGAGAAACUCCUGUGCGACAUGUUCAAAAACUAAUCGGACUCAUGGAGUCAUCUAAUUUCUCCCUAACUGGACUCAAUAUUUGCUUUUUUUUCAUUCUGUAUAAAUAUUUAAUAAUUAUGCAUGCUGUUUAUUUUUUUGUAAAUGUCCUUUUAUUGUUGGCUAAUUGCUUCCAUAUUGGGUCGUUCUGGAUGAUAAAAAUGCAGCUCAUCCUCUGUCAGUUUGUAUCAUAUUUAGAUGCUGACAAACCUUGUUUAUCUGAAAAUGUGACCCAGAUCUUUUAUCGUUUGUUCAUAGAUGAACUGUUUAUAUCUUUUGUCGCUAAUGGGAAUCCCGUGUUUGUGUUUUUUGUGUGUUGAUAAAGUGAAAAACCCUCUAAGUUUGGUCCUUAACUUCGUCACUCCACAUUAUGGCGAAUUAAAAGUGAGUUAU